GGCGGGCGGAAGCGGAGCUCCCCGUAGCGCCGCACCGGGGCCGCUCCACGUCGGGGCCACGAUGGCCUCUUCCAUCAGCAACCUCUUCCGACGGAGCCUACGGCGCUCGGGCCGCAGAGCAUUCAGUGGAAAAUGAAGCGAAAGCCAUUUCCUUUCUGUCCUUUUGGGGACAGAAGGCAAACAGGAGGCCCCUGCAGCAGACGGCAUCCCAUCUCAUGUGCCUCUGGGAAAGGCAGGAGAGCGGAGCUCCAUCCUCUACUCUGCUGGGCAGUUCUUCUUCGAGUACCUGGUGGUGGUGUCGCUGAGGAAGAUGUCAGAUGGACGUUAUGAACCCAAGAUAGCCUAUCAGUUCCCAAAGCGUGAGAACCUCCUGAAGGGUCAGAAGGAGGAGGAGGAGCGGCUCCUGCAGGCCAUCCCCCUCUUCUGCUUCCCCGAUGGCAACAACUGGGAGCCCGUCACCACCUUCCCCAGCGAAACCUUUUCCUUCGUCCUGACAAACGUGGAUGGCAGCAGGAAGAUUGGUUACUGCAGGAGGCUGCUGCCCUCUGGCCGCGGUGUCCGCCUCCCCGAGGUCUUCUGCAUCAUCAGCUGCCUGGGCUGCUUCGGGCUCUUCUCCAAGAUCCUGGAUGAGGUGGAGAAGAGGCGUCAGAUCUCCAUGGCAGUGAUUUACCCCUUCAUGCAGGGCCUGCGGGAAUCGCCCUUUCCAGCUCCGGGGAAAACCGUCACCAUUAAAAGCUUCAUCCCCGAGUCGGGCACAGAGCUCAUUGAGCUCACACGACCUGUGGACGCCCACCUGGAGCACGUGGAGUUCCCAGCGCUGCUCCAGCGCCUCAGCCCCAUCCUCAUCCUGCACAUCUUCGCCUCCGCUGUGCUGGAGCGGCGGCUCAUCUUCCUGGCUGAGGAGCUGAGUGUCCUCUCACAGUGUAUCCACGCCGUGGCUGCUCUCCUCUACCCCUUCACGUGGGCUCACACCUACAUCCCUGUGGUCCCCGAGUGCCUGCUCGACACCGUCUGCUGCCCCACACCCUUCAUGGUUGGCAUCCAGAGGCGGCACCUGGAGCGGGUGCUGGAGCAGCCCAUGGAGGAGGCUCUGAUAGUUGAUCUGUGUGAAGGGAAGAUCCUCCGGGCGGUGGGCGACGAGGAUCAGAUCUUGCCCAUCAAGCUGCAGAACGAGAUGCUGGCAUCUCUGAACAGGCACAACAGCAACAACAACAUCCACACAUCUGAGCAGCUGAAUGCACUCAUCUCCGAGGCCUUUGUGCAGUUCUUUGUCCGUCUGGUCGGGCAUUACACCUCACACAUCAAGUGGAGUAAAAACGGCCCGGGCACCUUCCAGGAAAGAGCCUUCUGCAAGGCCAUCACCUCCAAGACCAACCGCAGGUUCGUGAAGAAGUUUGUGAAGACCAACAUGUUCUCCUUAUUUAUUGAGGACGCAGAGAAGAGCAGGAUCCCACAGGAAGCCUACUUCCAGCAGAAGAUAACAGAAUACCAGCAGCAGAAGAAGCACCGAAGGGACUCCUGAGAGCAGCCUGAAGGGGUGGCACCCAGCAGGGCUCUGCCUGCAGCACUGCGUGUUCCAUCUGUGCCCCAUCCAAGGGCAGAGCACUCUGCAUUCUGCUGGGUCUGCCCUGCCCAGAGACUCACAGAAAGCAGCAAGCACCGGUUUCUGCCCUUUCCCUUUUCCCUCGGGGCACCGUAGCACUGGAAAGUAGUUUUGCAUAGAGCUCACAAGCAGGCUGGGGUGUCUCCUCCCACCUGGCUGGGACAGAAAGUGUGCACAGCUCAGUGCUCAGCCCCACACUGAGCUGUGCCCUGGGGAGCCCCAGCACUGUGUGUGCUGAUGGAUGCAAGUGGAGGAUGGGCUGCAGGACCAGUUAUUGCUGAAUGCAAAAAGGGAUGAGGGAUGAGGAGGAAACAUUGUUAAUUGCUAAGUAAAACAAACAUAGGUUUGGUAAAUAGGGAGCAUCCGAUGGAAUAGGUUUCUGAGGAUCCUGGUGUCUGUUGUAGCUGCUGUCUGUUGGUAGUGCAUGGAGCUGUGAUCCCACUUCAGCUGCAUGGAGACAUGAACCAACAGGUUACUCAGCCAUGCCAUAAGCAAACCUGAAGGUCACAGGGCUGUUCUGCAGCAGAAAGAGCAGCACAGGGGAGGAGGAAGUGCUAGUUAAAUCUUGUAGUAAAAGGUGGCAACAUCCUCCUCCCUGCUGGCUUUGAUGCCAACUUCUCUAUCACUGUGGUUCAUCUCAGCGCUGCCUCUGAAGCAUGACGCCUGCAGCAGACUUAAAGUGCUCUUAAAAUGCUCUCCCCCUUUUCUAAUGCAUCUGCACAGGAAGCAAGGGCUGCUGCACAGACUCAGGGCUGCAGGUCUGCCCUGUUCCUCUCUGGCAGUGGACCUUCCCUUAGGAGAGAAGGGAUGAGCAGGGAGAGAUGCUUGCUCUCCCAGCAGGAGGUGCGGAGCAAGGCAGAGCUCCAUCCUCCUCUCUCUCCAGGGCUGCCCCAUCUCAGUACUGCACCACUCCAGUGGUUAUUGCAAUACCUCUUAAUACAGCUUCCUUUUUAAUACAUCCCCCCCCGGUGGUACUGAGCUGCUGAAGGCCCCAUAGAGACAUUUUAUAGCAGCACUGCCCAGGGAGCUGCAGUCCACCAGGAGAUGUUUGGGCAGAGCUGCUGGAACAGCAAUAGAACUGAGCCAGAGGGGAAGGGCGUUUGUUAGAGGAGCGUCAGGGGGUGCAGCCAUGCACAAAUAGAAGUGCUGUUGGACAGAGAAUGGAAUAGAAGGGAUGCUGGAAUAGCAACAAUGUGCCCAGCCAUGCUGGAAGGACAGUGACUUUCUAUCCCACUUUCUGUCUGGGGUGGGGGGGGGGGGGGGGGGGGGAUGAGAACUAUUUGUCAGGGGAAUAAAGGGGUUUGGCACCGUAGGUGUCUUCUUUGCCUUCACAGGUCCCAAAUCACAGGUAGUGAGACAUCAGCCUAUGGGAAAUUAAAGGUUGAAGAGUAGUAAACUUAAA